GGAAGUUGUCUGAAUGUGGGUGUGGGGGGAAAAGUAAUAAUAAGGGCCGUGUGACAGGUAGCGAGUCGGUUUGCAGAGACAGAGGGCUAAAAUGGACACCGCGUCAAUAAAGUGAUUUGUGGUUUUGGUCCUUCACGCCGUUGGGACACAGCUCGUCUUCUCUCUCCACGACAUUGUCCAGCAUGGCGGCGGACGUCCACAGUAAAGGGGUGACGUGGGACACUCCGAACGGAAACCUGGCGCCGGUCGAGCGUCUUCCCAACAGCAGAUCGGAGAGUCCGACUCCGGGGCUGGUGGAGGGGACGGAGCCGGGCGCAGGUCAGGAGCGUGCCAUGUUCGUCCACACGCAGUCUUUCGAGGACUUGACGGCUGACGUGGAGCUGACGGGAAGCCGCCCCUCUGAGACCGAGGAGGUGGAGGAGAAGGAGGAGGAACAGCAGCGAGAAGGAGAAGGAGGAGGAGGUGGAGGAGCAGACGCCGUGGACGAGCCGAGGCAGGACGUGCAGGCUAUAGUACGGGAGAAGGAGGAAGACGUGACGAGUGAGACGUGGCGCUCGCACAAGAAGCACGUGUUCGUCCUCAGCGAGGCGGGGAAGCCCAUUUACACGCGCUACGGCUCUGAGGAGGCGCUCUCCACCACCAUGGGGGUCAUGAUGGCGCUCGUGUCGUUCGUAGAGGCUGAUAAGAACGUCAUACUCUCCAUUCACGCAGACGGUUUCCGCGUGGUGUUCCUGCGUAAGAGUCCGCUGGUGUUGGUGUGUGUGUCUCGCUCGGGUCAGUCGGAUGGUGAGCUGUGGAGAGAGCUGCACUACGUCUACUAUCAGAUCCUGAGUCUGCUCACUCUGCCUCAGCUGCAGCGCGUCUUCCAGCAGCGUCAGAGCUUCGACCUGCGCCGGCUGCUGGCCGGGUCCGAGCGCGUCACCGCGGGGCUGCUGCGCCUGCUGGAGACGGACGCGGGGCUGAUGCUCAACGCCACCAUGAGCCUGCCGCUCUGCAGCACCACGCGUAACAUCGUCUGCACCAGCCUGCAGGCGGCCAGCUCCAAGAACCUCGUCUUCUCCAUCCUGCUCGCCGGGAACCGACUGGUCGCUCUGAUCAGGAAGAAGGAGCAGCACCUCCAUCACACCGACCUCCACCUGCUGUCCAACCUCGCCGCCUCGUCCUCAUCGUUCAGGCAGGGGGAAGGCUGGACGCCCGUCUGCCUGCCCAAGUUCAAUGCCUCCGGUUUCUUCCACGCACACAUCUCGUACCUGGAGCCGUCGUCCGAUCUCUGUCUGAUGCUGGUCUCCACGGACCGAGAGGACUUCUUUAACCUGUCCGACUGUAAGCAGCGCUUUCUGGAGCGACUGAAGAAGCGUAAUGCCUACCAGGCCCUGAAGGAGGCGCUGCACUCGCCCACCUACCCCGUCUCGCAGGUGGGCAUCCCCGAGCUCUGGCACUUCGUCUACAAGUCCAAAAGCUCCGGACUUUACACCAGCCCGGAGCUGCCGGUGCCGUAUCGCACUGAAGAGGAGCAGGAGAGGCUCAUGGAGUUGUACCAGUACCUCCACAGUCGCCUGCACCACCCGACACGACCCCUGCGCUCCAUCUACCGCUGCACAAACACCGAGAACCUGCUCGCCUGGUCAACCAGCGGCUUCGAGCUCUACCUCUGCUUCAGUCCUCUGGCCACCAAAGCUCUGGCCAUGUCGGCCGUCAGCAAACUGCUGAAGUGGAUCAGGAAGGAGGAGGACCGUCUCUUUAUCCUCAACUCGCUCACGUACUGAGACCGAUCCCUGAUUCCUGAUCCGGAGGACGGGAGAGAGCACGCCUGAUGCCUCUAGACCACCGACACUGUGCUGGAGCUGCUGUCGGGAUCUUCCGGCCCUCGUGGGGAGGGAUGCGCGGGAGCCAUUUCAAUUCACUGAACAGAGUAAAGUGAGCUGUACGAGACUCGGAUCUUUAUCACCACACCUCAGUGACCGUAUUAAAAAAAAAACACACAACAACAGGAUAUUGUCUACACAGCACCUCAAAAAAAAACAAAAAACAAAACAAAAAAAACCCCCAAAAAACAAAAACACUAACAUGCCAUUAAAGGGGCCGUGUGUAAUAUUUUAGUACUUUUAAACUUCUCAUAAAUUAGGGCUACACUGUUGACGGAAGGGUUCUCGGUUGGUUACUAGUUGUACACUUUUAAAAAUAAAGGUGCUUUUUAGAGCAAGAACCAUUUUGGUUCCUUAGAGAACCUUUCAGCUUCUGAUUCUUUUGUCAUUUCUUUUCUUGUUGCCAUAAAUACGGAAAAAGAUGAUCCUUUUCCACCACUAAAUCUUUCCUUGUAAAGCUAACAUUAAUGGUGGAAUUUUUUUUUAGUUCUCUGUGGAACCAACAAAAAUGAUGAAUGGUCCAUCGAUCCAAAAGUUCUUUAAAACUUUAAAAAUGCUAGUCUUCUCUAGCAUUUCUUUAAAUCAUGUUUUUUGCCACCUUUAUUUUAAAGAGUGUAAGUAGUGCCAUUUCUUUCUUUACUUCAAGAACGAUAUACAGGUUCCUUCAGGCUCCAAAGGUUUUUUUUUUUUUUGUUUGUUUGUUUUUGAAAGCUCAAAACUUUAUGGAUUCCACGAUUGUUUUGUUGCGUCAGUACGUUUCUAUGUGGAAAUCUUUCUGAACGGCUUCUGCUUGGAAACUUAUCUGAAAGGUUCUAUGUAGAAAAAAAGCUGCCAGGGUUCUUUCAUUUGUUCCUCUGGGAGAAGGCUUGGAUGUUCGGAGAGUGGAAAGUAGCUGAGCCGGGAUAUUGCGGCCUCGGAGUGAAGUUAGUGCUUCAAAUUUAGAGAUUCUUAAAAAGUACAAGAUACAAGAAACAAGCAGUUCUCUGUGGAGCUGUACGCUAACGGUAGCGCUAGUUAAAGAUGUGUUUAGAGAUUUAUUUUGUUGCAAGUUUAUUUCACAGAAUUGAUUGUGGCUUUAAAGGAGAAAAUCGUCCGAACGCAGAAUGACGUCAAUCAGUCACAUGUUUGAUGAUUUGCACUGGAGCUAAUCUUAAUGUAGCUAACUGUAGCUUUUUUUUUUUUUUUUUUUUUUUUAUAACAACUAAUUAUCCACCUCAGACCACAUCCAGUUCAUUAAUAACGUGCUGAUGUGGUUUAGGACAUAAACAGGAACAAAACAGUCUUUUUUCCCCCUCUCUAUUCUCCGCCUGUAAACUGAUCAAAUAGUUCCAUUUGUACUUCAGAUUGUAAAUGUAAAUAUGUGUUUUGUUUAUUUAAAAACAUUAUUACGUAGCUUCAGCUUAGCAUGAAGCAAAUCUGAUCUAGACAUUUAAGUCAUGGCUGACUGUGUUUGAGGGAAGUGGGGAAAUUGUUAUAAAUCGGAUUUUUCAUGAAGCUGUUCGUUUAACGGUGAUGUGUAACGCCGCUGCCUCGCCACAACUAAACUCAAUAUCUCACCUUUGCCUUUUUUUUAAAAUUUUUUUUUAAAGACCUGUCACUGUUCUGACCUGCACUGACGUAUCGAAACGGUUUUUUAACGUGACAUAACGUUAGAACUUAACGUGACAUUUCUGAGAGAUGUUUCCGUUUCCUUGCGUCGCCAUAACUCAAUAACUCAACAUAAAGAUGAAAAAACUUCUUCAUAUUGCAGUUUACUGAAACGCAACCGGUGCAGGCCUGAAACGAACGGUUAAAAAAAUCAACCUGCUUUACUUGAACCUGCUACUAAAUGAUUUUUGUUUGAUGGUGUGAACGGCAAUAAGACAUCGAAGGCUUGCUAAGAGAGCUCAUUUGCAUAGUGCAUAUUAAUAUACACUGCAGCGCUGCUUUAAUAAUGAUCUUUACCCAUAAAAUGUUUGAGUUCCUCGUAUUAGAGGUGCGGGUUGUAGUGUUUAAACGUGUUUCUAGACCUCUAAUAAACAUCCGCUUCUAAAGACACUUUGGAAAAACUGUCAUUGCGAUAUUGUUUCUCAACAGAUCUGGCUAGUUUCUUUGUUUCAGGGUUCAGGUUCUGUUUUGUUUCUGGGCUGGAAAUUAACUCCGCCCCUCCCCAGUCAGAACAGUUUCAACAAUGGGCUUACUGCCCCUUUAAAUGAACAUUCCCUCCCAAACAUGUACUAUUAGGAUCCUUCGAUCCGGUUUAAUGACCAGCAACACUGACAAGCGCUAAUCUGAACGCUAGCUUGAGGAUGGUAGGUGUUAGGAUGUAUGUUUUUUUUUUUUUUUAAUCGAUAAUGGUUGAUGUUAUUCAAUUUAAUUGAUGGAACAUGAUUAAGAUCUUAAAAGAGCUUGCUGUUGGGGGAAUUCUGGACUUUAGCUGAUAUUCAAUGUGUAAAUAUCUGAUGUUGAUACACGUGCGAUUAUAAAAUUACGAUUCAGACCAGAAGAAUUUAAAUAUUUUUAGACGGUUAAGGAUUUUAAGCAAUUAAAGAAUUGCAACAUCUGAGUGGAUAAAUGACCUUAAUGCUAAAUCUUCCUUAAAUAACAUUCCUGUUAAGAUUUAUUUUUCGUAAUUUAAAUGAACUGUGAUUAGAAGCCUACAAAGAUACAAUUAGGUUAAAGUAGCAUUGUGUAAAUGUUCUGCAAUAAAUUCGUUUAAAUCAGUUAUCUGUCAAAUCUAUGCACUGUUCCGAUGCAAAUAAUAAUUAUUAUUACUAUUUUUUUGCAUUUGUCUGCCAGUAAUGAUAAAAUUCCAAUAAGAAGUUAAGGUAUGUUGGCGUUUAUUUGGAAACAAGCUUGUGUAAAUUGUUUAUUUCCUCAUGUACAUGAUCACAGCGAACACUAAGACAUUCGCACAUCGCCGCCUUCUGCGUAUAUCAGUAUUGCGGUAACGGCUAGCAGUCGAUAUAUUGCGCAUUCUCAGGUAGUGCAUUUCAUCUUCUUACAGGAAGUCAUGUCCAAUCUCGCCUUUACAUAACAUCGUAAUGUGUAUGGGGCUGUGAUUAGCUGCUCUGGGAUCUGAAUUUAUUAGACAUGUGCUGAAUUACUGACACUGAUUAUCUCUUGGUAUGACAAUGAAUGAUGAAUGAGUCAGUUCCACUAUAUAUAUACACACACACACACACACACACACACACAUAUAUAUUAUAUUAUAUACAUACACACACUACUGUGCAAAAGUCUUAGGCACAUCCAAAAAAAUGCUAUAGAGCAAAGAUGCCUUCAAAAAUAAUGAAAUUAAAUGUUUCUACAUUAAAAAAUACUAUAAAGAGCAGUAAACAGUAAUAAACAAAGAAACUGAAACAAAGUCAAUUUUUAAUGUGACGAUCCUU